AUGGCUGAGGAUGCAUCGGAGGAUCUCGCCACCCUCAAAUCGUUUUCCUCCUUAGCCCCCUCGUCUUUGUUCCACAGCUUCAGCAAAACUGAGCUUUUCUCCUACUUGAUCCUGUGUGUUGCCAAAAUGCCCUUCAUACCUCCGGUGUCGAUUGCUCGGUCGGGGUUCUCAGGAUUGACCGGGAAGGAGAGGCCUAUUAGCAGUACUUUUUCUACCGCCGAGGCCAAAGCUACACCUCCAAGAGAAGACAAGAGCAGCUCAGUGAAGGAGCGACUGACUUUAAACCUCAAGCAGCUGGGGAAGAGGAGCCCACCCAGGAGUCAUCUACCCACAGCUAAAGGAGUAUCCGGACCAGAGCUGCACACAAAUAAAAAGGACCGCCCGCUGACCUCCUCACACACGGACAGCUCGCCUGCCUCCAGCUCGGGGAGGACGGCAGUAUCCAAGACGCAGCAGCACAAAGCUGUGAACCACAGCUCUAUAAAGAGUGAAACGGAGCUGAAAACGAGGAUCGGGGAUCAGGACGAGGCCCGCUUCACAUUGACCCUGACCCCCGAGGCUGUUGUGCUGCUGCAAAGGAGGAACAGCGAGAGGCAUCAGCGAUCAGCCAACAGAAAUGGGGUGAGUGGAGGCAGUGGUCCAGGAAGUGCCACAGACUCCAGGCGUCGGAGGGAAAACAUCACCAAAAGACAUCAGCCGGCAGCACAGAGGAACAGCACUCUGAACAGCAGGAUCGCUGCUAAAAACACAGGCGAGACUGAAGUGGCAGACAUUCACUCAAUCAUGAAGAUAUCGCUGUUAAAUGAGCAGCACAGGUACGACGACGUGGAGUACGAAGAGGAAGACUACGGUGUGGAUGAGCGCGUGGUGCUGAAAUGUACCGAGUGGCUCCGUGGCUUAGAAAACACACCAGUGACCGUGGGAAACAGCCUCAAUAAGAGUGCAGGCAGCGUGAAGUCUUUCUAG